GUGAUCACAUAUUAAUGUUUAUGGCCUCAGGUCAGCUGAUAAUGGAGUCGAUUUUGGUCACUUUAGGUCAGUUGUGUAUUGACUGCCCACUGGCCUUCAACAAAGGAAUUACGAUUGGUAAGCUUUUCUUGUCUAUAGAUUUUUUUUGCAAGUAACGGGUAGCUUAUUUCACUGAGCGAUCAAGUACAGAACAACAACAAAAGAAGUGUCAAUUGUGUAUUGUUGUAUAAUAUUGGUAUAUUGGUCUGAUCACGGAGUCCAGUCUGUACAGGUACCGACGUGUUAAUGACGUGUCUUCGCAAGAUCGAUAUCAUAAUGCCCCCAGGGAGCUAAUUAGGGACGCUAUUUUUGUGUAUCUGGGCGGAAGUAAUAUCAUUUCCACGACAAUCUGUUUAUACAAUUAGAUGUAUUUGUGAAGACAGUGCUUUAUUUGUGGUUCGUUUCGGAAACUGGAUUUUUUUAAAGGACGUGCAUGUAGAUGACUUGAAAUGGUGAACCUAAGGAGUAUUGAUAUGUCUGCUGAAUCUCUAUUUCCUACGUCAGCUGAAUCUCUAUUACCAGAUACUGUGAUGGGAACCUUAAAGAACUUUAUGCCAAAAUCUCCGGAAAAGCCAAAACACAUGAUAGAAUAUAAAGUCGUCACAAAAACAGAUGACUACGAAGAGCGUCGGUACCCGGCAUCAACCUGGGUAUGCACAACGGUAACCGGAGUUUACCAGGAUACAGCCAAGAUAGAGGCUUUCAGACAUUUGCAAACGUAUGCACAAGGGCACAACAGUGCUUCUGCUCAUCUAUCCAUGCACCCUCCGAUUCUCACUCGGGUGUCCUCGGACAGUGGGGCCGGAUUUGACCGGAAGUUUGUCGUGUCUACCUACCUGUGUGAAGACCAUACAGGAGAGCAUCCGCAGCCCAGCAGCAAGCACGUGUAUCUCGAGCACUUACCAGAAAUGACCGUCUUUGUCAGAAAUUUCCAGGGCAUCGCUUGUGAGGAAAAAUGGACUUAUGAGACAAAAAGACUUGCGGAGGUUUUGCGAAAUAAAGAGGACAUCCGGACAGACUUUUAUAUAACUGCUACUUACGAGAGUCCAUUCCAGCUCGUAAGUUCCAGAAAUGAAAUUUGGUUUUUGAAAUUUGACCGCAAAGAAGACACCACACAAAUAAACAGAGAAACGAAAAUGUUGAAAUACGGAUCACAGAAAGUGGAAAUUCCGAGUGUUUUAGGAUGGAUCUUACAAAUGAUUAUGGCUUAUUUAACAGUCUUGUUUUUCAUUGCCAGAACUUCGUUGAAUUUCAUGUUUACAGCAAAAGAAAACUGGAGUGUAAUUCAACAGAGAGCUCAUCUCGCGUUCAAAGUAGUGCGGCAUAAUGUGUCAUUCGGAGGAUUAUUAAGAACGGCUAUUUCCGUUAUGUGGAUGUUAUGGAACAUUGUACUGGCUCUGAUAUCUGGGGCAACUAUUGGAGCAUAUACCUCAAAACCUUUCAAGAAAAAGUCAUUUUGAUUCUUAAGCACUUAAAUGUAUUGAAGUAUUGGUGAUUUUAAGAUUUAUUUAUUUUAGAUUUAUUAUAUUUAAUUUAUUAUAUGCUUUAUAUUCUGGUUUGGAUAUGAAAGGUAUGUAGAAGAUUUCGAAAGCUAUAUUAGGGAGAUUCUUCAAACUGUGCAAGAAAGAUGUUCUUGCUGGCAGGACAAAUUUCCCCGCUAUUUACAAGAUUUUUAUACAACUAUUAUUACGAAGAUAUUAAAUGUUGUGAGGAAGACAUCCCGUGUCAGUAUGAAUAUUUCUACAGGGAAGAAGAGAGAAUUACAUGUUAUUGCUUUUAGGAAAAUUUAAUUUCAAUUAGAACUAAUUACACACUUCAGGAAGAUUUACACGCUAUAAUUAGGAAGAUCUGCAUGCUUUUAUGAAGAUUUGUAUUUAGUAAGGAAGUUUUACACGCUAUUAGGUAGACUUCCGUGUCUCGGGAAAAUUUCUCAUGAUAUUACUAAUGGCUUGUGUGCUAUAAAAGUUCCAUAAUAUAUUUUGUAUUUAUAACAAAAAACUGGCAUCUACACUUUAAAUAAAGGCAUCAAGACCAAAGAUUUUAUGUUUCAUUUUCACUUGAUUAAGUUUCAUUUGAUCGUAGUAGAAGGGGUUAGAAAAUUACCCUUUCCGAAAGAGACAAGAGAGCCAAAAAAGUUCUUUGAAUUUCCGCGUCUGUAAUGUUUCCGACUGGGAAAAUUUGAUAGUCAGAUUAAGAAAACUUUAGUAUAGAAAGAAACUAGACUGAACGAAGUAAAUAUGCCUCUAGGGAGAUUUUUUUCUGAUGAUAUAUGGACCUGUAAGAAAUUUUACAAUAACAGUCGUAAUCCUUUCAAAUUUACUCCUGUAGAUUUUAUAUAAAACAUUGAUUUUACAGCUGGAUAUUUCCUUUUACAGAUGUAACACGACUGUAUAACAUUCGAUUUAUGCUAAGAUAAAGCAGUAAAAAGCAUACAGCUGUAAAAAUGAAAAAAGUUACUGCUGUAAAUAUGCCUAAAAGUUACAGCUGUAAAAAUCUUAAGGUGUUGAAAAGUAAUUUUAUGGGACGAAAGCAGAGGUACAAAAAGUUUUAUGACAAAGUGUCCCUCGAAAGCGUAGCAAUUACUACAAUUUGGCAAAGCAAUGAUCUAGUAGGUAAAGAACAAUAUGGAAUAUGUUUACAAUAUAGAAAAUGCAAAAUUCGAGACUUUUCAUAAAAGAUCCCUUUGUCAUGAAAACGUAUAUUGCCGUUUUGUAACUAUUUCUUUUAAACUUAUCAGCUUAAAAUAUACGUUAAUUAAUUAAUGUCUGUGCUUAGACCAUUUUACAUCUAUAUUAGAUUAUAUUAGAUUUGAAUGUGAUUAAAUAUGGCGGACAAUGGAAGUCAAGUUUUGUUUACGUUUUUGAAAAUAUUGAAAUUUAGGUGAAAAACAGAAUUUCAAGUCUCAGUCUGCUCAUUCCCUCCCUUUGUAUAAUAAUUGUAUCACUUGAUUCGCUAUUGAUUUGUGAUAUUUAGUAUGGUCAUGUUCUAUAAAAAAAAUUGCAAGAAUAACUAUGCACGGUAUAUAUAUAUAUGUAAACGUAUGAUUUUAUUAGUAAUGACAAGUGCAAUUUAUAAUAUGGUUUAAGGGAAACUAUACGUUUUCUGUUGAGCUGAUUUUUAUUAAUGACAGUGCUAGCUUUGAUAUAACUUUCUGCUAUUGUCUUCAUUAGCCAUUGCUAUUUCGUAUUUUGGAAAUAUUAUUACAACUUUGUAUUAUAUUGAACACUUCAUGUGCAA